AUGGGAUGCCCUUUGCUUAAUCUACCUGGCGAGCUGCGUAACCGAAUCUACAACUAUACCGUAGAAGAAAACACUAUCAAACUUGGGAAAAAGCAAGAACCUCUGAAGUCGCGCCUCGCCACGAACCGACAAUUCUUCAGUUUGACACAAGUGUGCCGCAGCAUUCGCUCCGAGUUCUCCCCACUCUACAGAGCUCGAACAUGGGUCUCCCUGAUACCGCAAGACCUGUAUGACUACAUCGGCACUUUCCUCGCACAGCCGGGCGUCACCGGUGAUGAGAUGGUUGGGCUCAUAACGCUCGACCUUGCCGCCCAGCCACACACAACCGCGUGCAUCGACAUGAAGCCCUUGCUGCAGCUUCUGCGAAGAGCCGUGAAUCUGCACGUCGGAACACCCGACAUCACCAACCCUCCAUUUGUUCCUGGUCUGAGACCGGGAAUCGAGAACCGCGAGCCGAGCAUCCAAAAUAUACUGGUCGACCUGUACGACAUCUACGACAUGUGCAUGUUCCACGAGUACAUGAACGAGGCGAUGACGGCGCUGGAGCUGGAAUGCGACGAUGCAAAAGGUGUUGAGGUUGUGUUUGAGCUCGGCCCUGAGCAUUGGGAAGCUUGGAUGGGGGAGUGGAGCAAACCGGAUCAUGAUCCCGAUUAUAGGAUUCCGAUUGAGUUGGAGGAUAAGGUUGUGCGGUGGGGGAUGCAGUGUGGCAUGGAGCUUGAUCAGUCCAUGGGGAGCCAUUUGACUGUUAACUUUCGACGGGGGAGGUAG